GUAGGUGAGUGGACGGAGGAUUACCAACUGUUACAGUGGAUAUGGGGAAAGAGAAAAAAGGAGAUAGACCGGGAAAGAGAGAAAAGUGAACCGAAUGCCAAACAUAGUGAGCGGCUACAGGAGAAAGGAAAGCAUACCAACUAGAAGUCCACUUGGAGCAAGGACUGAGAGGUUGUUCCUGGAACUGGGUGGACCCCUCGCAAGAAACACUUGACUAGGACCACCGCCACGGCACCAUGUACAGUGGAUAUGGAGGGGGUCCGUCCCGAACUCUCUCCACCAUGUCGCUCUCUGUUCGCCCCGCCAGACGCCUCACCUCCAGAUCCAUCACUAGGAGCCAGAGCUUCACUGGAGUCAACACCAACGACAAGCCGUACAGGAGCCUCUCAGUGUUCAGCACUCCAGGCGUCAGCAGGAAGCCCAGCAGAGCCAGCAGGAUGUUCACCAUGUCCACCAAGUCCAACCCUCCACCUAAAGUCCCGCAACCAGAGCGACUGGACCAGGUCUAUGAGGCGCUGAAGAAAGGCCUUCAAUCGUACCUACAGGUCCAUCAGAUGGACUCGGACAACCUCAGCAGACAGAUGAAAGAGUCAAAGAGGAACUCCAGACUGGGUUUCCUGUAUGAACUGGACAAGCAAGUGAAGGUAACUGAAAGGUACAUCAGACGACUGGAGUUUCACCUCAGCAAGAUCGAGGAGCUCCACGAAGCGUACUGCCUGCAGAGGAGACUCAGAGACGGAGCUAACAAGAUGGUGAAGGCUUACACCGCCUCUGUGAGCAGCAAGGAGGCCAAGGAGAGUCUAGCAGAAGCCAAUAAAGGAUACAAGGAGUACACAGAGAACAUGUGCAUGUUGGAGAACGAGUUGGAGAACCAGCUGGGGGAGUUCCACAUUAAAAUGAAAGGUCUGGCUGGAUUUGCUAGAUUAUGUGCUGGAGACCAGUAUGAGAUCUUUAUGAGGUACGGUCGUCAGCGGUGGAAGCUGCGGGGCAGAAUCGAGCUGAACGGCAGACAGGUGUGGGACAGUGAAGACAUGGUGUUCCUGCCGCUAGUCAGUGACUUCCUCUCUGUGAAGGUAACAGAGCUGAAGAGCUUAGCCAAUCACGUGGUCGUAGGAAGUGUUUCCUGCGAGACAAAGGACCUGUUUGCUGCACUCCCCCAGACGGUUGCCGUGGAUAUUAACGAUCUUGGAACUAUUAAACUCAGCCUGGAAGUCACCUGGAAUCCAUUUGAUAAAGAUGACAUGGGGUCAGUGGCCAGCACCGUCAACAAAGCUCCCACCAUCAGUAAGAGACUCUCUACCAUCUUCAACCAGAGCCCGCCUGACACGCCGUCUCUACGGGAACAAGCCUUCUAUAAUAUGCUGCGGCGCCAUGAAGACCAUGAGAAUGGAACAGCAUGGUCCAACUCCUCUGAGUCUUCUGAUGACUCCUCCAGUCCUCGGCUAUCUGUGGGGGGGCUACGCACCUCUACGCAUCAAAAGACCGUGGUGGUGACACCAGACAUCCAGCCAGCUGUAGGCGGGACUUCCUCCCCACAACCGGACAUCUCCUUCUGCCCCAGAGACUCCUCUUCAACUCCAAACUCCACCCACAAAAUCAGCACCGUCAGUGAAGACCCCCACAUGUCCACACAUCGAGCACCGAGCAGCAGGGAAGAUGAGCCAGUCACUGUGAUGACAAAAACUGACAGUGAGGAAGAGGAUUUAGGGAAGUGGUCUCCGAUAGCAACAGAUGGAGAUGUGGGGAUGAACAACAGCCACGCUUCCCGCUGCUACUCCCGCUCCCUGAGCCACAUCAGUGAGAGCAGCGCUGACGGCAUCGUGUUGACAGACAGGUCGGCCCAGUCCAGAGAGGCGGUGUCUCCCACCUCCGGGAUCUCCAUCAACGACAUAGAGAUGGAGGUGCAGAGCAGAACCCCCCCCACAGAUGAAAACACAACCGCUGACAGUGUGACAGACCAACAGGACACAUCCACAACACACUCUGAAACAGCAGACUCUCACACUCCGUCAGAAACCAACACAGAGGCAGAGUGCGACGUACGUCCGGAGAGCGGGGACGUGACGUACGUAGCGCGGUGGGUGCCGGUGGAGGAGGAGAUGCCGGGAGCAGCAGCAGACUCUCCGUCCAGAGAAAGCGGGGGUCCGGUGGACAGCGGGCUGGAGGACGCCCUGACAGCGAUGGUCUCCUCCCUGGAUGAUUACAGAGGACAGUUCCCGGAGCUACAGCUGCUGGAGCAUGAGCUGAAGCUGCUGCAGGUCACACUCAAGGGCGGGAGGCACAGCCGCUCCCCCAGCGUGGUCAGCCUCACAGUGGAAACAGCUCUGUGCAGCUUCGACUUCCUAAACACGUCUGACUGUGAGGAGGAAGAGGAGGAGAGAGGAGACAAGAGGAGCAGAAGUGGCAGGUCUCUGCAGGACAGAGGCUGGGACAGCCCUACCUCCCCCCUCACCACAGGCUGCACCACGUUAGACCGCGCCCUGGUGGUCCACCUCAACAAGUGCAGCACACGGCUGUUGUGUCUGGGUAUGUUUGGUCCUCUGCGCUGUGGAGAGAUGUACGCCUUGGACGGACUGCUGAGGGAGGCUCGAGUCCUCGAAAUCAUCCGACGCAUCGCCAAGGACAACCCUAGGCGCUUCAGACAGCCUGCUGAAGUGAUCCCACAGCUAGGCCUGUGCCUGGGUGCUGAGUCACUAUGGCAACAGUGUGUGGGGCAGUGCAGUGUGUACAGCGUCUCUGCUGAGAGCUUCCUGCUCACACUGUCUACGGUCUACUCCAGAACACUGCAGGAGAGGGCCAGCAGCAUGGCCGACACAGUGUUCUUGUGCCUGGUUGAGCGAGUGCUGGAUCAGAGGUUACCACGGCGAGGCAACAGAGACGGAGUGAUGGUGACACUGUUCCAGCUUUGGAGUUACAUUGAGUCCAACAGCAUCACUGACAUGGACACACACAUCACUGAGGUGGCAGAAGAAGUGUGGUUGGUGCAGAGCCUGGCGUCAUGUGACCAGGAAGUGAUCGUGCAGGCUCUGCGGCGCCCUGCAGAGUGCAGCCUGAGGAGAGAGGGACUUCACGCUGUGGCCAAAUUACUGAAAGACCCCCGAGGCAAAGUGUCAGCCUCUGCCAGCUCUGUGCUGAGGAGCCUGGCUGUGCAGCCUAGGCAGAGGGAGCAGGCACUGGUCAGCUGUUUGGAGCUACUGGAAGACGAACAAUCGGACACCAGAGUGUGUGGAUGCAAGGCUUUAGCUUGUCUUAAGGCCAAAGAGAGUAUCGACCAGUUAGUGUAUCUCUGUCGGACAGACAAGGAUGAAGUCAGAGAUGCUGCCAAACAAGCGCUGCUGGUGCUCGGUGAGGAGGGGAAGAUGGCCCACAGACAUGUGGAGACUUCUCAGGACAGCAUCCCCAGACUCUUCGCUCCAGGAAGCAUGGCCAGCACUGCUUUCUAACACUACACACACUCACACACACACACACUGGGUGGGGGGAAAAUUAAAUAACACAAAAAGCCUCAAUGAGAAUAUAAAGUAGGUUUUUCUUCUUCCCCAAUACUACCACUAAAAGACUGUCUGAGAGCUUACUACAGUAUCAAGGCUGGCAACUCUAUUUAACACUGGGUAAACUUUUAAAGUUAUUAAGCUACAAACACACCAGUUUGCGGUCAUCAACCUGUGCUAACUACCCAGUUGGCGUGUAAGGAUGUACAAUGUGAGCAGACUUGAAUGGAAAGACGGAUAAAGGGAGGAGAAGUAUGAAAUGGAUACUGAGGGAAGGAAAUAUUAAGCAGAAUCAUAUCCAAAAGAAAUAACUGGAUAUUGAUCCAUCAUGGCCCAGACACAAAAACAGUUUUUUAUAAGUGGAUUAGCAAAAGUGUAAAGAUCUAUUUUAAGUCACUUUAUUCAGAUAUUCACAGCCUACUAAGUGCCCAAAAUGUUGAGUGUCUUGUACUUUAACUCCCUGUGGUUUGACCCGGUGUACCAGUAGGCAUACAUAGAGUAGAUCUACAUACAAUGCUACUCCUACCAUUAAUUUUUCUUAGUGGAUACUGCUGUCUUUGUUUAAGGUGUUUUUGAAAAAUCCUACCCCAGAUGCUACAUAUUUUCAUACAACUCUGCCUUUCCUAUAGCCAUGGCUCUACAUGCUUUUUGAUUUAAAGACUGAGACCCAAGUAAUGCAGCUGUACUGCACCACACACCUGAGAAUGGAUGAGCUAGAGCUGCCCACUGUUCACUGAUGCAUAGAUUAGGGCUGCACAAUUAUUCACAUUUUUAUCGAAAUUGCAAUAUCGAAACGGAAACGGCUCCAUUGGACUCUUUUGUUUACUUCUAUAACAUAGUGACAUCACUCGGCAAAAGCUUCCAUUGGCUACACAUUGUACGUGGGAGGCUUAGGGGCCGGACAUCUCUAAGCAAUUGUGCAAUCACAACAGAGCCCGCAAUCUACCCAAUCAGAGCAGACUGGGCUCUGUUUUCAGACAGAGGGUGAAAAGAGAUGCUGCAGCACAGGCAGUAUGAGAAAAAUAAAGAGCUUUAUGAACAUUAAAGCAUGGAGACAUGUCACAGGAGACUCUACAUACUAAUAUAAACCUGAAAAUUAGCAUAAUAGGUUCCCUUUAAUAAAAACCAUUGAUUUGUACAUUUCAAAAAUGUGCAGCCCUAGCAGAAACACUCAUUAUGAUCCACAUCCAAACUUCAUACAUGUCACAUCACAUUCAUCAUUCUGAGGUGUACUUGGGUGUCCUGCAGGUCAAUGGGCUGGGUGAUGGAGAUCCACCAACUGGGCAGCAAAAGAAUGAAUGGGAUUUUUAUUGGAUUGCAUUUGUGGACGCAUGUUCUUUACAUUCUCACUGGAUCUGUCUCUAGGGCUUUUUUGCUCAUUGUAUAGCAGUGCUAAAUGUAAUGCAGGUGGGGCCUCACUGUGGUGCUCAGCAGGACAUGUCUCUGAUGCAUGGACAGAUACUGGAGAUCUGCUACUGCUGGACUACUCACUGUGAAACGUCUUCCAGUUCAAGAGAUACAAAAGAAACUUUUUAUUCUGUCUCGCACAGGUUUAUAUUUAAUGCUGUCAAUAUAUAAGCACCACGUUGAAAAGAAAGAGAAGCUCACACUGUAGUUUUAAAUAAAGAGUUGAGACUGUUGCUAAGCUGCUUCUGCACAGUGAUAGGUUAAAAAAAUUCAGUGCCAUCACUCUUUACAAUAAUGACAUAUCUUAGUCUUUAUGGAAAUACAUAUUAUAUGAUUAUUUGCCACUGGAGUUCCAUAUUCUGUGAUUGUAAAUUGUUUUUUUUUCUUGACAGAGUCUUUAUUUGUAAAUGUAUACUUUGUUUUAUAAGUGUGUUUUACUGUUAUAAUGACACAUUUUAUUAUCAGUUUGAUAAAUUGAUUCAUAGAAUGAUUUUCCACUGACAUAUCUGCUGUAAAUGAGUAUUUGCAUUACUGACUGCUGAGGAGGGCUUUGUCUUUUGAGAAGGCAAAGACACAUUACUUGGUUAGGUAUAUUCACUCAUAAACUAAAGAUGUAUUUACAAAGAAUGAACUAUUUUCUGUGUUGAGUUGAUUUGGCAUCCUCAAACAUUUGAUAUGGUUAUAAAUAUAUAAAUAUGGUUAUUUAUAUAAUAAAAAAGGGUUUCAUUAGGAAUCCCAGUCAUGGAAUUAUAAAUGAUUACAGGGCCAUACUAGUGUUUUGCAUGUUUAUGCCAUUUAAUACCAAUAACCUACUAAAAUAUUUCCACUUCUGCUGCUGACAUUUCUCCAAAGUAAGCCCUUACACUCACCAAAAAAACACAUUGUAGACCUACUGUACUUUGUUAUUAUUGGCUUCAUAAUAAAACUAUCUGAGAUUUUAAUUUGGAUUUAGGACUCCAUCAUAACACAUAUAUCGUAGCAUUAUGACUUAAUAACUCUUCGAUACAGAGAUGCAAUUAUGCUUCCUAAAAUGUUUGAACGGGAUCUUAUCUUCUUUCUGGUGAUUGCAGUUAGUAUCAUAAUGGCAAACAUAAGGUCUAAAUCAAGAAAGUAACAACAUGCAAACAAAAGCUGAUGCUCACUGUGAUGGGUUACCAAACUCAAGCCAAUGUUAGCUCUCUUUAACUUGAUUUAAAUACAUUACAUUAUGAUACUGUAAACAUUUUUUUUAAAUGUAGAAAACUACAAUUUUGGAGUGCCAGCGUAUGAAGUCACAAAUGUAUUUUUGGUAAAUGGGUAACAAAGAUGCAAGUGCACUGGUUUUAUUUAAAGAUAGCAAUAUUUGUAAUGAGUUGGUUAUUAGCAAGUUAUCCACAUUGAGUUUGACAGAGGUCAGAAAAAAUGCCAAAGUGUCCAGGCCAGUGGCUACCCGUUUAAAGUAAUCUUGUUGUUCCUUUUCAUAGUAACACUGCUGAUGAUGCCAGUCUGCCUUUUUCAUUUCCUGAGCACGGAAGACUGAUGGUCUUUUAUUGAAAUCAUAUGGAUAUGUCCAAGUCUCCUUCUGGAUGCUAUGCUCACACUAUGAUGUAAACAUGUUGUAUUUAAAUUGACAUUGCGCUGUUCUAGCAGUCGAAAAAGAAACGUCUACUAACAGGAAAUAAUGUUUAAUUCUUAGACAUGCUAGCAGUAGCACUGUGGAGAUGGAAAUAUUGCUCAGUUAGCCCCUGCUUGGUUCUAAACAGAAAUAUCUCAACAAAUAAUAAUAAAACUUGAGUUCUGGCAUUUAUUUCCUACCCAGGAUCAUUUGUAAAACCUACAUUUUUAUUGUCACCAAAUACCUGUAGGCCUACUGCAAUUUUUUUUUGCAUAAGCUGUACAUUGUGUUAAGUGCUAUUUGACAAAUGUUAGCGUGCUAACACACUAAGCUAGGAUGACCCACUUUGUAGACCUGCUAAACAUCAGCAUGUUACCAUUGUCACUUAGGACGUGUUAGCACGCUCACAUUAGCAUCUAACUAAAAAUGCUAUUUUCAUAGCGCUGCUAGCAUGGAUUUACUGGAUUAUACUUUGUUCUGUUGUCUAAGGUUUCAUACCAUUGCUGCUUUUUUUUUUCUUCAUACAUCUGCUUUUUGUGUCCAACAACAUGACAUAUAGAAAUGUAGUAAUUUCACUCUUACUGCUGACAGUUUGAAAUAUACCUCGUUUAUCUUUUUACACGAUUUGAACAUUUGUCAUAAUUCCACGGAAUAAGUGUGCACACAGGACGCAGCUUUUGUCUUUAAGGAGGAGGGAUCGGGUUCCUAUAUGAAAUGUGCCAACUCUGUAUACUUCUCUUAGACUGACUUACAUGUUCUAGCAGCACUGAUUGAAAAACAGUUCAGUAGCAUGUUCUUAAACUGAUGUUACCAUCUUUACAGAGUUUAAGAGCCAUAUCUUUAUAUUUGAGCUUUGAGAAAUAAUGUCACUUCUAAGAUUCAAUUCAACAUUAUCACAAUGUUAUAAAUAGGAAUAUAUCAGAAUAUAGGGGAAAAGAUUAAGUGGAAUUCUGAGAUGAAAUAAUUAUUCAUGAGUUUAUAUCUUAAUCUCUGAUUAAGUAUUCUGAGUAUUUUCACAAGCCCUAUCCCUUUUAUGCAUCAUAGAUUCAUAUUUAUUGAAGGCAAUAAUAAUGUUCUGCUGUGUCCCUGAGAAGAACUGACAUUCAGACAUGUGUUCAGCUGUUGAUCAGACAAAGCGCUAUUGGUUAAGUGUUUAAAUCUGGAUGUUAAGUUGUUAUUCAGCAUAAAUUGUGCUACAUGCUGCACUGUCACUGGAAUCAUAAUAUAGGAUUAUUCUUGAUGUGGGAAACUCACUGUAUGUGUAUGUAUAUUUGAGGGCUUCCACUGUGUUUAAUGUAUUUAUCACUAUUGUUUUGUGAAGGACAGCAGCUAUCUGCAGCUAUACCUCUGCAUCCAUCCCACAGUGUUUAAGUGCCUCAAGCUUUGAUAGUGACAGAGAUGCAAUAAGACCUAGAUUAAAGCGGAAACCGCUGCAGCACAAUAUAUUUUACCCACAACCUUGACUAGUUGUGUAGUAUUGGAAACGUUUCCUUUUUUUUUCUUUUCCAAAAUAUAUUUCCAGGAAUUCUGGUGUUGAAUAUAGAAAAUAUUAAAAUAUGUUUAAAGAUUG